AGAGAAUCAACGCCAUCCCACCCGCCCGCCGACGAAACCCUCAAGACCCUCAAGAUGAAGUUCAACCCUGAUGUCUCCUCUUCCCGGCGCAAGUCGCGCAAGGCGCACUUCGCUGCUCCCUCGUCGGUCCGCCGCAAGAUCAUGUCCUCCGCUCUGUCUAAGGAGCUCCGCGGCAAGCACAACACGCGGUCACUACCCAUUCGCAAGGACGACGAGGUGCGGAUCGUGCGCGGCAAGUACAAGGGUCGGGAGGGCAAGGUCACGCAAGUGUACCGUAAGAAGUGGGUGAUCCACGUUGACCGUGUCCAGCGCGACAAGUCAAACGGUGCGACGGUUCCCAUUGGCAUCCACCCCAGCAAUGUUGUCAUUACCACUAUCAAGCUGGACAAGGACAGGCGUGCAAUCCUCGACCGGAAAGACCGCAAGAAGAGCGGUAAGUCAGGUGAGGAUGUGGAGAUGGUUGAUUGAUUGCGUGCUCCUUUGUCUUCUUCUCUUCCCGGUUGUCGCAUUGCAUCUCAAAAUUCACCAUGUAUGUAUGCGAUAUCACGCACAUCGUAUGCCGUAUGGGGCCCCGAGGCCAAUUUACCAUGCCGUUCGCCUUGAUUUUCGUCAUGGCGUGGACAUCAUUUCAUUGA